GCGGCGGUGUGCCGGCCUCUCGGCUUCUGAGCUUCUGCAGGGCUUCGGUAGGCGAGGAAUGGAGCCGGUGGGCGGCGGCGGCGGCUCCUCCUCCACCGACCCGAGAAGUACCUAUGUGUUGAGUAACCUCGCGGAGGUGGUGGAGCGUGUGUUCACCUUCCUGCCCGCCAAGGCGUUGCUGCGGGUAGCCGGAGUGUGCCGCCUAUGGAGGGAGUGUGUUCGCAGAGUGCUGCGGACCCACCGCAGCGUGACCUGGAUCUCCGCAGGGGUGGCGGAGGCCGGCCACCUGGAAGGACAUUGUUUGGUCCGCGUGCUAGCAGAGGCGCUUGAGAAUGUUCGCAUCUUACCACGGACCGUCCUCUACAUGGCAGACUCUGAAACUUUCAUUAGCCUGGAGGAGUGCCGUGGCCAUAAAAGAGCGAGGAAAAGAACUACCAUGGAGACAGCGUUUGCCCUCGAGAAGCUGUUCCCCAAGCAGUGUCAGAUCCUUGGGAUUGUGACCUCGGGAAUUAUAGUGACGCCAAUGGGAUCAGGUAGCAACCGACCUCAGGAAAUAGAAAUCGGAGAAUCUGGUUUUGCUUUAUUAUUUCCCCAAAUUGAAGGGAUAAAAAUUCGGCCCUUUCAUUUUAUUAAGGACCCCAAGAAUUUAACACUCGAACGACAUCAGCUUGCUGAAGUGGGUCUUCUGGAUAACCCUGAGCUUCGCGUGGUCCUUGUCUUUGGCUAUAACUGCUGUAAGGUGGGAGCCAAUAAUUACCUGCAGCGAGUGGUCAGCACUUUCAGCAAUAUGAACAUCAUCUUGGCUGGAGGCCAGGUGGACAACCUGUCUUCACUGACUUCUGAGAAGAAGCCUCUGGAUAUUGAUGCCACAGGUGUGGUUGGACUGUCGUUUAGUGGACACCGAAUCCAGAGCGCCACGGUUCUCCUCAGUGAGGAUGUGACUGAUGACAAGACAGCUGAGGCAGCCAUGCAGCGUCUCAAAGCCGCCAACAUCCCCGAAGAGAACACCAUCGGCUUCAUGUUCGCGUGCGUGGGCCGGGGCUUUCAGUACUACAGGGCCAAGGGGAAUGUGGAAGCCGACGCCUUUAGGAAGUUUUUUCCCAGCAUCCCCUUAUUCGGUUUCUUCGGAAAUGGGGAGAUUGGAUGUGACCGGAUAGUCACCGGGAACUUCAUACUGAGGAGGUGUAAUGAGGUAAAGGAAGAGGACCUGUUCCAUAGCUACACUACCAUCAUGACGCUCAUUCACCUGGGGGCCUCUAAAUAGGAUGAUGUCUUGUGGAGACUGGCUCUCACAGGAUGUAACUUUGGGAGGUUGCCUUUUUCAGAAAAAUGGAAACUUGGGAUAUAAGUAUUUUAAAACCAAACUAGCUCCUUGUGCUUCGUAGCUGUAGUGCUUGGGUGAGUUUAAUACAUAGAUGAAGGGCAACUUUGUUCACAGAUCAGAAAGUGGGAGGAGGCCACCAGGAGGAUGGAGGUUGUUUUCCCUUAAAGGUGAAAAUUAAAGAGAUGGUGGAGUCUUUUUUCCUGCUUUUCAUUUUUCUCAGGAGCUGUAACAAAUUUACUGACUUUUUACUUUUCUGAUGAAGAACUACCUUUGCUUUUGUACUAUAUAAAGUUGUUCUCGUCGUUAUGUUAGCAUUUUCCUCUUCACGGUAAAGAGACUGUAAGGGAACAAUCUUUUUCACAUAGUUCUGAAAAUCACCGUAUUUUGGUUUUAUACCAAUAAAAUACACUUGAAAACCCAUCAACUAGUAUAUUCACUGCUUUUGAUGAG